AUGCGGGAAGCACCCGCGCUUAGGGACAAGAUUGUCAUUGCGCACCGCAGGCGCCUCGUCAGCAAACGCUACGCCAACGAUCUUCUGGCAUUCAAGCAGACCCACGGACUGCAUCCGGGAUACGAACACGCAAGAUUUCGCGAUAUAGAUCAUUCUGUGCGCACGGGCACCAUCCCCUUCACGAUCGUCAGGAACCCCUGGGCCCGCACGUUUUCGCGCUACAAGUUCUAUCUCCAGACCGGCGGCGGCGACCUUCCCGGGCGCAGCCUGUCGAUAGAGGGUUUCGAAGAGUUUCUGGAAACGCGGCACGAAUUCGGAUCGAAACCGUUUUUCUGGCAUCGCGCGUCUCUGGGCUGGUACCCGCAAACCGACUACGUGAUUGACGAGGCCGGUGUGCGCCGGGUGAAUGCUUUGCGUCAGGAAAACCUGGGUGAGGAAGUCGCGCGCUAUUUUGGCAUCGACGAGCGCUUGGAGCGCAAAAAUGUGUCCCGCGAUGCCGGCGCCUCAUACAGGAAAUUCUAUACGGAAAACACAAUUCAGGUGAUCGCCGACUGGUAUGCAUCCGAUAUCGAGAUGUUCGGAUUCGACUUCGACACGCCCGCGCGACGCGGAACCGUUUUUUCCGAAGGCACCUGA